ACAGUUCACAGUAAUCUGUGUUUGGCAGGAUAACGGAACUCUCAGUAGAUUAUUCAUUUGCCUCUAAGAUAAAAAAAGAAAAGGAGAUCUGUGCAAAGAUGCUUCUCAGAUGCUGUCAUAUUCACAAAUUACUCUGGAUUUUGAUCAUCGGAGAAUCUGUUUUAAGUGACAAUGUGCAGAAAGCAGUGAAUAGUGAAGCUAAAUUCACUCCUCUCUCUGGAUCUGUUCCUGCCGGUACCAGCAGCAUUAUAUGGAAACACAGAGACAAUGCUGGGGUUGUUGUCAAAGUCAUUGAAUGGGACAGAGAAGAGGGCAGCACUGAAAUUCCCAAUGCAAAAUUCAAAUCCCACGCAAGUCUGGACAAAAACACUGGAGAACUCACAUUAAAAUAUCUACAGCUCAAACACUCUGGAGUUUAUUCUACUGAAAUCAAUAGUAAAGAGCAAAAACGACAUUUCGUUUUGACUGUUCUCGAGCCUGUUCGCAAACCUUAUAUUACAAAAGAGUGCUCAAGAUCUCCUCCUGUCUGUCACAUGACCUGUAAAGGUGAUGUCACUUCUGAAAGCACAAUUACCUGGAAGAAUUCUGCAGGACAAACGCUGAAUGAACAAGAUCAGAAUAUGAGAUUAACAGUCACUAACAGCAGUGACCCAGACACUUACUACACCUGCACGCUCCAGAACGCAGUGAGCAAAGAGACCAGUGAUCCAGUCUAUGGGAGGGAUCUGUUUACUGAUUCAAAGGCAGGAAUUGUCUUCGGGAUUGUAAUUUGUCUGAUUGUUGUCAUUCUAACUGUUAUCAUCAUUCGUGUUCGCAGUGCUGUUUGCAUUGGGAGACACAAGAAUUACAGGAAAUGACAGCCAGACAGUUCUGUAGACCAUGGCUGCUUGAGUCCCAUCAGAUGCAAUCCACAUGUGGAUCUUCUCAACUGCUCGUCUCCCUGCUCAUCGGACUCUAAAUGCUAGCUUUACUAAAGACACUGAACCUCUCCACGUUAACGGCACGAUCACUUUGACUGUUGCUUAAUUUUGUCCUUUUCGUCUUCUGGGCCAAUUUAUGAAUCCCAUUCAGUUUGGAACAGGACAAGACUAACAGGGUUAUGAUGGUGUGUAGAAUUGAUUAUUUGUUUAUUUAUUUAUUUUAUUUUAACUUCACUUAACCAUGCAAGAACAAGAUUGUUAACAAUAAUGGCUGGCCAAGAAGAUUAUUGUCUUCUUGAUUGUGUUGGUGUAACCUUGGAAGUCAUACAGUGUAAACAAAAAUGUUAGUAGCUUAUAAUAAGAAAGCAUCAAAUACAUUUUUGUGACAAUAAAAACUUGUGCCUCAUUUUCUUUUUCCAUGGGGGUAAGUACAAAAGACAAAGAAGUUGGGAACUGUUGGAAACUGUGUAAGAAUGAAUGAAUCAAUAAAGUCAGGCAAUGAAUGAAGACAGGCUGGGUGUGGUGGUGACACAUUUGGUAUGGUAUUCUAAGUUAAUAUUUAAGCACAUCAAACUGUGAAACCAGCAAUCAUGUAGGGAAAACUGGGGCUUUUUGUCACAAGGGCUA